AUGCCCGGCGAUAAUAAUGAACAAGUGCAGGGAUCUCCUUCAAGUGACCAGGGACUAAGGGUUGACUGGGAUGACGGAAACCAUUAUGAUGUCUCUCCCGAUAGAUACGCACCCCAUUUAUCUGAAUUUUAUCCAAUUGUAAAUAACAAAAAACAAGUUACCAGUAGCGCUGGUUCAGAGAACAACGACCAUCUGGACGACAUGAACCAUUUACGUACAUCGAAAGUGUAUUCCAAGGCACGCAGGGCAUCGAGCAUAACAUCUGGUACAAGCACAAUAAACGACUUGCAAACUCUGAUUACGAAGAGAGAUGUGAAAGAGACGCAGGAAGCCCUAUCGACAUUGUUCAGGAAUUCGAAUGCCUACUCCGAUUCGUUAUUGAAGACAUCCCAGAAUGGGGCGGAAAUUGCACAUUCUUUGGAAAAUAUUGCCAAAUUGAAGGGUUGUAACGAUGAAACAGCAGAGAAAUUAUUAAGUGCGAGUGGGUUAUUCUACCUUUUGUCCAACCACCAGCUCAUAAUGUCAAAGUAUUUCAACGAUUUGUUGGGAGAUAGUUUAAUUGAUGAUAUUGAUGAAUUCAAGUUACAGACCAAGAUUAUGGAGAAUAAGUUCAAAGUACAGAGUAAAGAGCAAAGUUUAAAGUUGAAAUUACAAGAAAGACACAAUUUUGAUAUCUCGAAAAGGAAAAUAAGGAACUUAGUCUCAUAUCGAGAGAGUCUUUCCAGUUUACAAGCAAGAUUAGAUCAACUGGAGACACUCAAGCACGAUUUUUACAUGGACUCUUAUGAACUAGUAGAAAACACAUGUAAUAAAGUACUCAACAAAGUUGCGACGGUAUCUCGGGCACAAGUGGAAAUCUCUGAAAAUAUUGCAAGGAAAGGUUGGUCCGGGGGCGGACUAGAUGAACUGCUCUGCGAUGCAGAUGACCCAUUCAGUAAAAAGACGGAUGGGCCCUUCACGACAACCGACGCCGACGAAGAGACUGGGGGAGAAGAAUACAACAGCGAUGGCGGCACAGGUGGGAAUGAUGUGGUGCUCAAUGAGCUAUUAGAAGGAACCAACCAACCUUCCGCGUCAAAAACAUCUUUAUCGAAAUCCAAAACCUCCACGGAAUCUUCACCGCAUCAUACACAGUCAAGUUCAAACGAGGAAGGAGUACGAAGCAGGAGCACUGACAGCUGCAACAAUGAUGAUGACGAUGACACAGACAAUUUGAUGGGUCCAGAAAAUUCAUUUUCUUUGCCGCCUACAAGAAACUCCACUGAUGAAACCGCACAUACGUUGAGACAGUUGUCUAUAAAAGAGCAUAACGACAAUCACGACAGUGAUACUGAUGGCAUGGAAGACCAGUCAAGUAAUAUAUAA